CCGGCCGGAAGAGCAGCCGAGGCGCUGAGCAACUCGUUGGCGCGGAGGACCUCGCCCAGAGCCAGACCCAGCGCCGGACACCGCUGAAGAACGAGGAAUGGGGAGGUUAGCUGGAGUUGUCGUUUGGUCUGAAACCUAGCCCCUUUGGCUAGAGCGGUACCUUGAUCAGGAGCCCAGCCUCAGCGUAGCCCAAGCGAUUGAAGCAGGUGCAAAGUAAGAAAAUUGAAGUCAAAGACCAUGGGAGAUGCAGCAAAACCUUAUUUUGUGAAGCGCACAAAAGACCGAGGGACUAUGGAUGAUGAUGAUUUCAGAAGGAGUCACCCCCAACAAGAUUAUUUAAUAAUGGAUGAUUAUGCUAGAGGCCAUAGCAGUAAAAUGGAAAAAGGCCUUCCAAAAAAAAAGGUAGCACCAGGGAACUAUGGGAAUACCCCAAGAAAAGGACCAUAUACUGUUUCCAGCAAUCCGUAUGCAUUUAAAAACCCAAUCUACAGUCAGCCUGCUUGGAUAAAUGACAACCACAAAGAUCAGAGUAAGAGAUGGCUAUCUGAUGAACUUACUGGUAAUUCAGACAAUUGGAGAGAAUUCAAACCUGGACCUAGAAUUCCUGUUACAAACCGACCAAGGAAAGACUCUUUUCAAGAAAGCGAAGAUGGUUAUAGAUGGCAAGACACAAGAGGCUGCAGAACUGUAAGACGACUAUUUCAUAAAGACCUAUCAAGCCUAGAAACCAUGUCAGAAAUGGAAGCAGGAAGUCCUGAAAACAAGAAGCAGAGGUCCAGACCUAGGAAGCCACGGAGAACUAGAAAUGAGGAAAAUGAGCAGGAUGGAGACUUGGAAGGCCCUGUGAUUGAUGAGUCUGUGCUUUCAACAAAGGAGCUCCUGGGCUUACAGCAGGCUGAGGAGCGAUUGAAAAGGGACUGCAUUGAAAGGCUAAAAAGGCGACCACGAAACUACCCUACAGCAAAGUACACCUGCAAACUCUGUGAUGUUUUAAUUGAAUCCAUUGCAUUUGCCCAUAAACAUAUCAAAGAGAAAAGGCACAAGAAAAACAUAAAGGAAAAGCAAGAAGAAGAAUUGCUCACUACAUUACCCCCACCAACACCCUCCCAGAUAAAUGCCAUUGGCAUUGCUAUCGACAGAGUGGUUCAGGAGUUUGGCUUGCACAAUGAGAACUUGAGACAGAGGCUAGAAAUUAAAUGUAUCAUGGAAAAAGUGUUCCAACACAAGUUACCAGAUUGUUCUCUAAGAUUAUAUGGGUCAUCCUGUAGCAGUUUGGGUUUCAGAAAUUCGGAUGUAAACAUUGACAUUCAAUUUCCAGCCAUUAUGUCUCAGCCAGAUGUCCUCUUACUUGUUCAAGAAUGUUUAAAGAACAGUGACUCUUUUAUUGAUGUUGAUGCAGAUUUCCAUGCCAGGGUGCCAGUGGUGGUGUGCAGAGAAAAGCAAAGUGGUCUUCUUUGUAAAGUGAGUGCAGGAAAUGAAAAUGCUUGUCUGACAACAAAACAUUUAACUGCCCUUGGAAAACUGGAACCAAAGCUGGUUCCUUUGGUGAUUGCAUUUAGGUACUGGGCAAAGCUUUGCAGUAUAGAUCGCCCUGAAGAAGGAGGGCUGCCACCUUAUGUGUUUGCUCUGAUGGCCAUUUUUUUCCUGCAACAGAGGAAAGAACCCCUUUUGCCUGUUUAUCUAGGAUCAUGGAUUGAAGGAUUCUCACUAAACAACUUAGGGAACUUCAACCUUAAAGAUAUUGAGAAUGACAUUGUGGUCUGGGAAUACACUAACAAUGCUGCAGGGGACACAGACACAACAAAAGAAGAGGCACCAAAAGAAAUACUGAUUAAAAGGGGACAGGUGUCAUUAAUAUUUGAUAUAAAACACCAGCCUUCAGUAUCAGUUGGGCAACUCUGGGUGGAAAUGCUGCGAUUCUAUGCUUUAGAAUUUAAUUUGGCUGACUUAGUGAUAAGUAUUCGUGUCAAAGAAUCAGUAUCUCGAGAAUCAAAGGAUUGGCCCAAAAAGCGCAUUGCCAUUGAAGAUCCCUACUCUGUUAAAAGAAAUGUUGCAAGGACUCUAAAUAACCAACCUGUGUUUGAGUAUAUACUUCAUUGUUUAAGGACAACAUACAAAUAUUUUGCUCUUCCACACAAAAUUACAAAAUCCAACCUUUCAAAGCCUCUUGGUGUAGUUACUUGUGCUUCAGAACAUUCUAAUGAAAUAGUAAAUCAUAACCCAGAUGUACAAGCAAAAGACGAUAAGCUCAAAAACUCAGUUUUAGCUCCAGGUCCUGGUGCUGCCAGUUCAAGUACCUGUAAGGUACAUCCACUUACUCUGAAAGAGACUGCUGAAAGGUAUGGAAGCCCAUCAGUGGAGGAAAUGGGAAAUAUAUAUAUCAGUGUCCACUUAGAAAACUCCAACUGUAUCCAGGCGAAGGUCAGUUGUGAUGAUUAUGAGGAUGUUAAAGUACACCAUCAAAAAGCAGGAAGUAAACAUGAGAAAGAGAAAAUUGAGAAGAGGAGCAAGCAUCCUUCAACUGUUGAUCAAGGUUUAAGCAGUAGCCGACAUGGAGAGCUGGUAAUCAGUGGCAGUACUCUUAAUAAUGAAACAGAUAGCACUUUGGAUUUAGAAGGCAUCCAGAAGCCUUCAGCUAAACAAUGUGAUGGAUUUGCAACUGUAGAUGACAAGGCUGAUGUUGAUGAAGAAAGUAUAGAAGGCACUGACGAACUGGAGGAUGCUCUAAACCACUUUGCCCCUUCAAUGCAGGGCCAGACAUCAGAAAUCAUUCACUCUGAUGAAGAGGAGGAGGAGGAGGAAGAGGAGGAGGAAGAAGAACCCAGGCUUGCCAUUAACCAAAGGGAAGAUGAAGAUGGCAUUGCUAAUGAAGAUGAGUUAGACAACACCUACACUGGAUCAGGGGAUGAGGAUGCCUUGUCUGAAGAGGAUGAUGAAGUAGGAGAGGCUGCUAAGUAUGAAAACAGGAAGGAAUGUGGAAAUCAUGUAGAUGGAGAUCUACUAAUAGAACUUAAUAAAAUAAGUCUUAAAGAAGAAAAUAUCUGUGAGGAAAAUUCACCUGUGGAUCAGUCUGAUUUCUUCUAUGAAUUUAGUAAAGUUAUCUUCACCAAAGGCAAGUCUCCUACAGUAGUGUGUAGCUUGUGCAAACGAGAGGGUCAUCUGAAGAAGGACUGUCCCGAUGACUUCAAAAGAAUCCAGCUGGAACCCUUGCCACCACUAACACCCAAGUUUUCGAAUAUCUUAGAUCAAGUUUGCAUCCAGUGUUACAAAGAUUUUUCUCCAACUAUUUCAGAAGACCAGGCUCGUGAACAUAUUCGACAAAACCUAGAAAGUUUCAUAAGACAGGACUUUCCAGGAACUAAAUUGAGCUUGUUUGGCUCCUCCAAAAAUGGAUUUGGGUUCAAACAGAGUGACCUUGACGUCUGUAUGACAAUUAAUGGACUUGAAACUGCUGAGGGGUUGGACUGUGUAAGGACUAUUGAAGAAUUGGCAAGAGUCCUCAGAAAGCAUUCAGGUCUGAGAAACAUCUUACCUAUUACAACAGCAAAGGUGCCAAUUGUGAAGUUCUUCCAUUUGAGAAGUGGUCUGGAAGUGGAUAUCAGUUUGUAUAACACAUUGGCCCUUCAUAACACAAGGCUUUUAUCUGCUUAUUCAGCCAUUGAUCCCAGAGUGAAAUAUUUGUGCUAUACCAUGAAAGUAUUUACAAAGAUGUGUGAUAUCGGUGAUGCAUCCAGAGGCAGUUUAUCAUCAUAUGCAUACACUCUUAUGGUGCUAUAUUUUCUCCAGCAGAGGAAUCCACCAGUCAUUCCUGUCCUUCAAGAGAUAUACAAAGGUGAAAAGAAACCUGAAAUAUUUGUUGAUGGCUGGAAUAUUUAUUUUUUUGAUCAAAUAGAUGAACUGCCUACCUAUUGGCCAGAAUAUGGAAAAAAUACAGAAUCUGUUGGGCAGCUAUGGCUGGGCCUUCUUCGUUUCUACACAGAGGAAUUCGAUUUUAAAGAACAUGUUAUUAGCAUCAGGAGAAAAAGUCUGCUUACAACUUUUAAGAAACAGUGGACUUCAAAAUACAUUGUUAUUGAAGAUCCUUUUGAUUUGAAUCAUAAUCUUGGAGCUGGAUUAUCAAGGAAAAUGACAAAUUUCAUAAUGAAAGCUUUCAUAAAUGGUAGAAGAGUAUUUGGUAUUCCUGUCAAAGGAUUUCCAAAGGACUACCCCUCAAAAAUGGAGUACUUUUUUGAUCCAGAUGUGCUAACUGAAGGAGAGCUAGCUCCAAAUGAUAGAUGUUGUCGAAUUUGUGGGAAAAUUGGACACUUCAUGAAGGACUGUCCUAUGAGGAGAAAAGUGAGGCGGAGGCGAGAUCAGGAAGAUGGCCUGAACCAAAGAUACCCCGAGAAUAAAGAAAAAAGAAGCAAAGAGGAGAAAGAAAUUCAAAACAAAUAUACAGAAAGGGAAGCGUCAACAAAAGAAGAUAAGCCCAUGCAAUGCACACCCCAGAAAGCCAAGCCAGUGAGGGUAGCUGUCGACCUGGGGAGGGAAAAGAUUCUCAGGCCACCAGUGGAAAAAUGGAAGAGACAAGAUGACAAAGACUUAAGAGAAAAACGUUGUUUUAUUUGCGGAAGAGAAGGGCACAUUAAAAAGGAAUGCCCACAGUUCAAAGGCUCUCCAGGUAUGACUAAAUCAGAUUAUAUAUUUGGAUCCCCUUCUUCACCUAGCCCUUUGAGACCAACUGGUACAUUUGUUCAGGCAGUGCUUUUACAUGAAGACAAAAAGAAACAAAAAACAACAGUUUUUUUGAGUCCCCAGUCAGGUAGCCUUUCCAGUAAAUACAUGACUCAGGGAAAAGCCUCAGCGAAGAGGACCCAGCAGGAAUCAUGAGGGAAGGAAAAUGCAGCACUGUAAAUGGCCACUCAGGCAUUCCUAUUGACUUGGAAAAUUAGGUUCAUUUCACAGGACACAGCAGCAUAGAUCAGGCUUCAACUUAUCAUUUAAGGGAAAUGAUUUUUUUUAAUUUAAUGAAAUUGUUAAUGAGGAAAAAAAUUUUUAAUAUAGUCUUAUCUACCACAAAUUCCCAUAGAUUUAAGGAUUUUAGUAGAAAGCCAUGAUGUAUGUAUUUAAGCCAGGUUAAAAGAAAAACUGUAACUAUGGACCAGUAUUCAAUGAAUACAGCUUCAUGGUUUUUAAUUCUUUCAAAGCACAUUAAAAAUGGCGUGCUGACAAACCCACGUAAAUUAACCCUUUUUUCCGUAUAAAUCCUUUUUUGUUUUGAAGAGGGGAAAUUAUAUUUAUUCUUGUUUACUGAAUCCUCAUGUGAAAGCAUCAAAUAUGUGUGAACUCCUACUACUGUAUUUUGAUUUAUAAGCAUUAUUUUAUUGCUCUUUGUAGAAGUGAUAACAUGAACAUGAGUACCUAUUUAUGUAGACCUUCAGUGGGUGAGCAGUGCCACUCAGAGGUCUCUGGAUUUUUCCCUCUCUUAAUUUUAAGUAAGUUGACAUAUAACUACUAUGCUCCUAAGAAUGAAGUAGUCCUGUUUGCCACUUAAAACAUUUGCAAGGAAAAAAAUGACAAAAUGAAAGUGCUUUUUACUUUUUAUGUAAUUCAGAAAUUAGGAUGGAGAACUUUUUAAAAAAAAUCCCUGAAGAUCAAAGAGGCUAUCUCUGCCAGUCACAAGUGUUGUUGGUGACAUUCUGGGUCUGACUGGAGUCCCCAUGGAACUGUUUCCCUAACUUCACAAGCCCUGCGGAAGUAGUACAUGGUCAGAACUCUGCCUCCAUUUAUCAUUUUGAAAUAAAAUCAGAAUUUCAACCUGUAA